AUGGGAGAGUUGUUGAUACUAAUUGUAAUAGUAACAUCUUCUGUAUUUGCAUACAGCUGGUCAUAUAGGGUCCUAUGGUUCAAGACGAAUCUUCUAUACCAAUCGUUGUCACCAACUGUCAAUAAUGAUAAAUUUUCUGAGCUGGACACUUGGAGCACCGAUAGCAAUGGAUUCGUUCAUAAAUUUUAUACAGAAUAUUCCGUUUCAUCUCAUACCCUCCAUGAAAUGAUAAGGAUCCUAUUCGCAGCUUCAAUGGUUUGUUAUCUAGUUUUAAUCGAGGUAGUACUGUGGCAGAUUACCGCUUCAGCUCCAGAUGGGAAAGAAGGCUUUGUGACCUCAUUUAUAUGGCCAUUACUUUUAUUUUGUUUAACAAUAUUACUAACCACUGUUCAACCAUUUUUAAUGCUGAUAUCAAUCUUAGAUAAAUUCUUUAAUGAUAAGCUUGGUAUUGAAAAGUUAGCUAUGAUAACUGCUGGGACUGUAUUUGUACUGAACCUUACCUUGUAUUACAUAGAAUUUGGUCCAUUUAUUUUUACGAAUAGUUUGUUAACCAAAUUAUCCGUUGCAGGGGUCUCCAUGCUAUCAAUUUUAUCUGCAAUCGCUACAGUCUCAACUAUAUACUAUACGUUUUUAAUGGUUUGGAAAAGGGGAAAUCUAUCGGGUAUACAAAAUAUCAACACUAUAGGUGAUAGGUUAUCGUUAUGGGCAUCUGAUUAUUCAGUAAGAGAAAGAAUAAAUGAUUAUAAAAGAAAUAUAGACGGAAAUAUUGAAAUAUUAAAAAGACUUGAAUCAGAGACAGGAGGAAGUCAAUCAAUUCUACGAGACAAACUCAUUGAAAAAAUUGGAUGGUACCAAUUAGAGGUAAACAAAUUAGAAACUCAACAGAAUGAAUCACAGUUUAUAAGAAAUUCGAAGAAAGUCUUUCACAUUAUGUUUCUUAUUUACUGUAUCCAUAAAGUCGUAACGACAUUUGUUUCUAGAAUUCCAUAUUUGAUCAUCCAUGCAUUAUAUUAUCCAGAUGAUUAUAAUUAUGAAUAUUUUGAUCAAGAUAAGAGAUCUAAUUUUGGAUCUGAUCCACUUUCAGUUACAAUGGCCAGCCUUUUAAAUUUUUUCUUAUUCAGAUUCAAUUAUGCACAAGAUAUUGAUGAUCUUGCGAGACAGAUAUCUUUGUUAAUGUCAAUAUCGUUAUUCGGGGCUUCUUUUUCCACUGUGAUCACAACUAUAUCGUAUAUCUCAGCUUUGUUACCAAUUAAACUCCAAAUUUUAGCGUUAUACGCUAUCAAAGAUAAUGAAGAAUCAUCAUUACCUUCUAUAAAAUCCAACAAGAAAAGAUCAAGAAUUAAUAGAAAUCCAUCAUUAAUUAAAAACUUAUUCAUUUCAGAAUUGACAGGUAUAUACGUAAUCUCUACCGUAUUGACAAUUAGAUCAAAUUUACCAUACGAAGUAUCAAGAAAGUUGAAUGAAUUAUUAGGUGAACGGUUUUCUGUUCCUAAUGUUGUCAUCGAUGUUUGGUUUUACGAGGUAUAUGCAUGCUUUUGUAUAAUUGUUUUUGUUGCUACGAAAGUUGCUGAGAAGACAAUAUUUUCACAAUCUACAUAUAAUAAUUAA